UGUGCAGCGUUUGACAGCAUUAUGCCAAAUAUUAUUAAGAGCUUUUUAGUGGGAUAUGAUCCCAUUAACAAAAGCAAUACUUUUGUUAGUGGCGAUUAUAUUACAGGACAAAUUACACUGGAGUUGUCACAGGAAUGCAAAAUACAGUCACUCUUUGUAAAGCUGAAGGGAAAGGCGGAAGUCUUAUGGAGAGAAUACGAUGGAAAAACCGUCAUAACCUAUCACAGCAAAGACAAAUACUUCACCAUCAAGCAGUUUGUCAUUCAGGAAUCUCAGGGUAAUACUGUAAUUCCCCCAGGCUGCCAUGUCUACCCAUUCACCUUUCAGAUCCCAGCACAAGAGCUGCCGUCCUCCUUCAGGGGCUCAUGUGGAAAGAUUGUGUACAGAUUGGAGGCAAAUCUGAGCCGCUCAAUGAGAAAAGACAGCAAAGCAAAGGCAGAGUUCACUCUCAUCCACAAAGAAAACCUUGAUCGAGAGCUUAUGACUCCACAGCAAGAUAUGACUGAUAAGAAGAUGAACCUCUUCACAUCAGGAUCAGUGGCCAUGGAUGUAAGCAUUCCAAAAACAGCCUUCCUCCAAGGAGAAGACAUAAAGGUCGUGGCUUCAGUUCAGAACAAAUCCUCUCGUGACAUUAAACUCAAGUACUGUCUGUACAGAAAGUACAGCUACUUUGCAAGUAAGAAAAGGAAACUUGAAACAAAAGACAUCCUGAAAGAGGAGGGUGAAGCCAUCCCACAAUCUGCAGGUCAGACAGUCACCAAGAUCAUCACCGUCCCUUCCACCGAGACUGCCUCAGUCCUAAACUGCAACAUCAUCAAAGUAGAGUACAGACUCCGGGUCCAUCUGGAUGUGAAGUAUGCUUCAAACCCAGAGAUCAAGUUCCCCAUAGUCAUCCUGCCUGCUUUAGAGGGGUCUGAUAAGCAGCAGUCAUCUGACUAUUCAGCCAGUGGAUUUGAAGCAUCUUCAAACUCUGACUUUCCAGAAGGGGCAAGCUUUCUACAAAAUCCAGCUGCCCCUGGAGUUGAUGGCUUACCACCUUCCUAUGAGACAUAUGACAUGUACCCCUCCCUGAACAGUUCAGACAGAAAGUCCUAGAAGCUCGGCUACAGAUUUGGAGGCUUUUUAUUUCUGAUUCUGAUUUACACAAUACAGUACAAUACUACUUUAUUUGUAUGGCACAUUUAAAACCAGCGGUACACCAAAGUGCUUUACAGUAAUACAAUAAUUUAGAGAAAGACACAUUAACAGGGAAUAAAUACACCAACAGGUGGAGAGCACUAAUUAGCCGCAGCACAGUGAAAAUAUGUAAAAGAAAAUACCAACACAACUCAACUAAGAGAUUAUUCAGCAAUAAAAUAGAAUAAAAUGAUUAAAACUACAUAAAAGAACAUUUGCAGGAUACAGACACUAACUAGGGAAAUUCGGGAAAUUUAAAUAUUCUGGAUAACUCAAGGAAGUACUAUGAUGUGUUACAGAGAUGAUAUGAUAUCUAUAAAAAUCAUUGUAUAUAGCCAACUAUAAAAAACAUUUAUUCCAGAUAUUACUUAGUGCAUCAGAGAAAAUGUAUAUUUUCAUAUUCAUUUGUUUUAUCAGUGUGAUUAUAGAAGAUUUCCAUGACCGAUGUGUGAUUUGAUAAAUUUUUACCAGAUGGAUUUUUAAAUAUCAAAUCUUUGCCACUCAGUGCAUAAAUAUUUUUAUUGCUGUGGAGUAGAACAGGACCAGCAGGAGCAGAUUCUGUGAAUCAAUAAAAUACACUCAUUGAAUAUAAUUAAUUAAAAUUAUAAUAUUUUUAAUAUUAGUUUUUUAAACUUUGAAAAAAGAUGCAUUUGAGCUUUUUUGUUUUUUUGUGCUCUAAUGUUUUGUUGGGAAAUACUCUGCAAUUUUUAUCUUGAACGGUACUAUUGAAGUACAUUUUACUUACUUACUUGCUUAAGAUAUUAAUUUCACUUCCAGUAUGUUUUGAAGCAUCGUUGCAUUUGUAUUUUUAAGUUUUUCUGUUGUAUUCAGACAAAAUAAAAGUUUUUUUUUUGACUGAUCCUUUUAUGUGGUCUACAGCACUCAGCUUUAUACACAGUGCUAAUUUGUUCUAAAUAUAUGGAUUUAUAAAUUCCACUUUAUAUGCUGCGGUAUAUUGAUGCUGAUGGAUAUUGAGGUUUAAGAAAAAAUCUGUUUGUACUGUUUGCACUGUUCUUCAAGGACUGCUUAUGGGAAACUGAUAAAACUAUAACAGCCUAUAACAGUAAUCCUAAUCGAGAUUGUUUCUGACACAUCCACAUGUAAACAUACUUAGUAAAUAUACUUAACCCAAAAAAUGGGCCUUAGUGUAUUACCAGUGUGGAAUA